AUGCCCGUCUACAUGAUCCAUGGAUUUCGCUGGCCCCGCGCCGGCUUCACCGGCAUCCGAGUCUACAUCGUACUUCACAACCUCGAAGAAGCAGCAGCCGAAUAUAUCCAACAACCACUCACGUCAGAACUACUGACCGAAUCUUUCCAUAAGACACAACCCGACCUUGUCGCGCGGCUGCCCGAACUGCGCUUCAUCGAGCAGUACGAUCCGCUCGACGAAUCAAGUAAUACCGUUAGCCAGGAUCAUGCCUAUGUCGCAUCGAAGGUCCUGACUAUCCCUGAUUGUCGCAGCUCUGUGCCGGAUAGUGCUGGGCCCGGGAUGAAUAUCGCGGACUGCGUUGAGCAGGGAUCGGGCUUGUCACAGGAUGAGUCGGAGGCGCUGGAGGAGCUGCGCAAUCGACUAGCUCCUGGGGAGAAGAUUGGCUGGUUUAUGGUUUACAAUGGGGAUCCGGAUCGAUUUUAUCCGUCGUCUGAAGACGAGAGUGACGAGGAGUAUUAUGAAGAUGAUAGCUACGUUGAUGAGAAGUCGGGGGCGCGGUCGGAGGCUGCGACUGAGCCUAGUACGCCGGUCAGUGUUACGGCGGUGAACUGGCAGUAUAUCGGAGGGGAGCUUCACGAUAACGGAAAUCGCGGAGAACCUCUUCAAGCUGCACUCCAAAGACUCGAUGCGAACCAGAUGACCAGGGGCAAAACGCGCCUGGCGAAAUGGUACGCCCCGUACAGUGAUGAAGAGAAAGUGAAACUCAAGGGCGAGGUCCGAUCCAAGCUUACCUACCUCUCCGCUCAAUCUCCCACUAACGCCGUACAGGUCCACCGUCUUGUCGCACCCCGAGAUCAGAAAUACCAGUCCAACUUUGUGGAGUUCCGUCGCAGUACAAAGGUGGUCUAUCGACGAUAUGCGGGUCUCUUCUUCUGCGUAUGCGUGGAUGCCAACGAUAACGAGCUGGCAUACCUGGAGGCUAUCCACUUUUUCGUCGAGGUGCUGGAUCAAUUCUUUGGGAAUGUGUGUGAAUUGGAUCUAGUGUUCAAUUUCUACAAGGUCUACGCUAUCCUGGACGAAGUCUUUCUCGCCGGCGAGAUUGAAGAGACGAGCAAACAGGUUGUGCUUACGAGACUGGAGCACUUGGAUAAACUGGAGUAG